UCCUGUGCUCUUUCCCUCCGUUCCCAUGAUAUCCCCUUGGCCAGAUCACCAAGGCAGGACAGCAUGCUCCUCUUUCGGUCUUCCCCAUCUCCUCCUCUCUUCCUCUCCUCGCCUCCCUCCGGCGCCACCCAUCGCCAUCUCCUCCUUCUUCCCUCACACGGCUGCACAAAUCCCAAUUCCAUGGCGAUAACGAUCACAAGAGGAAGAGGGACUGUGCGGUGCAUGGCUAACCAGCGGAGGGUGAAGAUGGUGGCGAAGCAGAUCAUGAGGGAGCUCUCGGAGAUGCUUCUCAGGGACAAAAACCUUCAGUAUGCCGUCCUCCCUGAGGCUUCUCUUGGCGCCGACCGCUACCUCUCCUCCCUUACUACCAUCAGCGACGUCGAGGUCUCCGGCGACCUCCAGGUAGUUAAGGUGUAUGUUUCUGUCUUUGGUGAUGAAAGAGGAAGAGAGGUAGCUAUUGCUGGGCUGAAGUCAAAAGCCAAGUAUGUACGCAGUGAAUUGGGGAGGCGUAUGAAGUUGCGAUUGACUCCUGAAAUACGUUUCAUUGAAGAUGAGUCCUUAGAGAGAGGAAGCCGGGUGAUUGCAAUUUUGGACAGGUUAAAGAAUGAGAGGGAGAGUGUGGCAAGACAUGAUGCAGAACUUUCUGAACCAUCCAAUAAAUCUGAAAAUGGAGACUUGGGCAAUGAUGACCCAGAUGAAGGCAUCAUUUAUGUCAAGUAAUCUGCUCAGUUUGUUAGAAACUUAUGGAAUUUUUAUGUCUUCAAAGUUCAACAGUUGUCUUUCUAUGCGGGAUGCAGAGGAUCAUGUAUUACUAACCCAUUAUAGUGGCAAUUUGUGAAUGUAAAUUAUCUUUUAUCUUCAUUUACCUUGUAUAAUUUCACUGGAAAAAGUCUAGUUAAUUUUUCCCAUGGGAAGCUCUUCCACCAAAAACAACAUACUUUGGAUGCGGGGCAUAUUAGAUGUCAUUAUAAGAUAAAAGCAAAGCAGGGCCAAUGUCAUAGUUUGAUUAUAAUCAAUUGCUAUUUUCAGUAUUCUAUAUCAUCGGAAUUUGAUUUGGAUA